UCAUUGAUCUUUUAUUUUUAAUGUUAUACAGACUUAGUUUUGCAAAUUAUAACAUAUAUAUACAGUAUUGAAAAAUAACAAUGAUAUUUAUAUUUAAAAUUUGAUUUUGUUUAUAUCAAUUCUUUUUAGAAAGGAUAAAUUAACAUUAUUUUCGUUAUGUGUGAUCAUUAUUGGGAGCCAUUGGCUGAAGUGUAUAUUACGAAACAGACUGAGGAUCCUGACAGUUAUAUUUAUUGUUUGUGUAGCAGAGUUUUUAUCCGAACUCCAGAGAUACAUUCAUUUAUCAAUGCUGAUGAUGUGAGUGAAGGUGACGAAGUUGAAACUGAAUGCGUGGGUGAAAUAAUAAAUGUUGAAGAAAUAAUUCAUAUCGAGGCGCAAUCUUGUAAUAUCGAAAAACAAGAUGAGGAACCAGUAAGUUGUUAUUGCAGUGCAUCACAUACUGAUAAUAAUUAUUCUACCGAUGAACAUGAUUCUAUACGUGACUCCGCCAAUCGACAACCAACAUUAUCCUUUACACAAAAACUUGGUCUUCAUCAAUCAGACUCAGGUGCUGAUUUAUCUGAAUAUCAAGAUCAACAAGAAGUUAAAAAUAUUCAAACUCUUUUCGAAUCAUAUAACAAAUCAUUAGGUACAACUGAAGAAACUUUAAAUAAAUCAAUUCAAGAUGUUCAUAUUAAAAAUAAAAUAAGUCAUGAUUUUGAUUUUAAUUUAGAGAAAUUGCGUAAUGACAAUAUUUUCAUUGAUAAAAGCAAAAAUAUUUCUCUUAUUGAAAAAAAUGAAAAUAUUUCUAUUAUUGUAAAAAAUGAUAUUUCUUUAAAUCAAACUGUUUCUUUAAUUGAAAAAAAGAAGGAUGAGGAAAUUUCAAUUCCUGAGAGUAGUAAUAAAAUAAUUUCAAUAACAAAUUCUGAAAAUUCAAUGAAAAAUAAUAUUGAUUACAAUGGAAUAAUUGAGGAAUGGGAUUUUAUUCAAGAAUCAUCAUCAUUAGUUAGUAAAAAUAAAAUGGAUUUAGCUUGGGAAAGAUAUUGGUCAAAGUAUGGAGAAUGUUUAAUUUGGGCAUCGUGGUUAGAGAAAUAUGCAAAUUAUAUUAAUCCAGAAUAUUUGCCAGAAAAUACAGACGAUAAAGAACAACAAUUAUCGGAAAAAUUUCUUGAACAAAAUACAUGUUUUCCAAGUGAGGCACAUCGAAAUUGUGUUAUUGGUCGUUCAAAUUUUGAAGGUAUUUUUGGUAAAAAUGAAAUAAGAAAAUAUGAUUCAACAACAAAAAAUAUGAAUUUUUCAUUUGAUAAUACAAAUAAACAGGAAGUAAUUGAAAGAGAAGCUGAAGAUAAUAGAAAAAGAAUAGGAAAUCAAUUAUCGCCUGAUAUUGGUGAAGGAUGGAAUCCCCUAAGUCCAUUUAGCGUUGAAGAUAGUUAUUUAGCAUCAAAUGCCGAAGAUGAGAAAUUAAUAACAAAAUGUGAUUCAAUUAGUGGUUCUAUUACAAGAACAAAUGCAACUUCCGAUUCAAUGACAAAUGUCACAAAAAUGACAUUAACAAGUUCAAGUUGUGAUUCAGCUUCUACACAAUCAUCGAGUCUUGUAAGUUCAACAAUGAGUUCAAAUGAAAGUAAUGUCACAAGUAGCAGUUCAGAUAUUGGCAAUGAUUACACAGUUGAGGAUAAUGAUAAAUAUUGGCAAGAAUUAUGGAAAGAAAAUUUUCAAGAACAAUACAAAAAACAUUAUGAAACAUUUAUGUUUAAAGCCAAAGAAUCUGUUGUUUGUUCGGAAAUUAAUUUAUCUGAUGAUAAAAAUUAUAAAAUAAAAAAUAAUACAAUCAAUGAUGAUAUUAAAUCAGUUGUUAUUGAAAAGAAUGUUUCUUUAAGUAAGAAAAAAAUGAUUAUGGAAUCCGUUGGUAUGCUUAUGCAAAAUUUGACAAUGAGUUGCGAGACAAAUUCUCAUGAUAAUUGUAAAGAGAAUUGUUUGGAAAUUAUUGACAAUGAUGAACAAAGUGUUGAACAUUAUAAUACAACUGAGUCUGACGUUUUAGUUUACAACAUUGAAAGUAAAAUAAAUAGCUCGUUAAAUAGUAAAAAUGAAGUUAGAGAAAUGGGAAACGAGGAAAAACCAAUAACCCUUAAGCGCAGUCAUGAAGCAGAUGACGCUGGUGAAGGAUUAGAAACUGUGAAAAAAGCAUUUUUAUUAAUGGGAUACACAUUUAAUGAAGAGCAUAAAAAAACUAAACUACAAGGUGAAGUGGUUUAUAAAAAAAAGAAUAUUAGAUUACAAAAUAGACAAUUAAAAAUGAAAUUAACACGUUCUAAACCACUUAAUAAACAUAUAUAUUUCAAUGAUAAUGGUGAAGAAAUUACAAAUACAUCAAAUGAGAUUAAGGCUGAAGUGGAACUACAAUCGUCAGAAAAAGAAUUUUUGACAAAUGCACAAUUUACAUCUAGUUCCGAUGAAGAAUGUGAAUCGUUACAUAAAUCGAAAUUAAAUUCAAAACGUAUUCUUUUAAAUAAAUCAAAUACAUCUGUUGAUUUAAAAUUAACCAGACAAGAAAUUAGUGACAAUAAUACGUUUAGUAUUGAAGACAAUGAGGAGACAAAAAUUUUAAAUACAGAUAUUAUUUCUGAUAUUAAAGAAAUAGACGAUAAUAAUGAUAAAAUUCAAAUGGAAGAAGAGGAGAAUUCGAAAAUUAGUCAGGAAAAUAUUUUAGUUUCAAAAACACAAAAAAAGAAAAAACGAAAGCAAAAUAAAAGAAAUAAUUUACCAGCUGAAGUUGAUUCAACACUCAUGAAAUAUUGGGUUAAAAGAUAUCGAUUAUUUUCUAAAUUUGAUCAAGGAAUAAAAUUAGAUCGAGAAAGUUGGUUUUCCGUUACUCCUGAGAAAAUAGCACAACAUAUCGCAGAAAAAUGUAAAUGUGAUACAAUAAUAGAUGCAUUUUGUGGCGCCGGUGGAAAUUCCAUUCAAUUUGCAUUUACUUGCGAAAAAGUUUUGGCGAUAGAUAUCGAUCCAUUAAAAAUAGAAUUAGCUCGAAAUAACGCUAGAGUGUAUGGCGUGGAGGAUAGAAUAGAAUUUAUCGUAGGAGAUUUCUUUCAUUUAGCACCAAAAUUAUUUGCUGAUGUGGUGUUUUUGAGUCCACCAUGGGGAGGACCAAGUUAUGCAAAAAGUGAUACUUUUGAUCUUAAUAAUAUUAUGUAUCCAAAAGGUGGAAUUGAAUUAUUUAACGUAGCCAAACAAAUUUCCAAUCAUAUUGCAUAUUUUCUUCCUAGAAAUGUGGAUACUAUGCAACUCGCAAUGUUGGCUGGAAUUGGAUCUGCGGUUGAGAUUGAACAAAAUUUUCUCGAUAGAAAAUUGAUAGCAUUGACAGCUUAUUAUGGAGAACUCCCUCAAGACUGCUGACAUGAAUCCACUGUUAUUAGUGAUAUAUAAAGUUAAAUUUGCCAUUUCACUGUCCAUUUGACUAAAUGUAAAUAAUGAUUUAAAAUAAUUUUUUGUCUGUGACGUAAAAAAUUGUAGUGAUAUUACAAUUAUUAUUAUUAUUAUUAUUCAAAGUGUAAUCGAAAAGUUUCAGUUUUAAUAUGUAAUGAGAUUUUUGUUUCAAUUUUUGCAAACAAAAAAUGAUCUCGAUUUCCAAUUGUUUAAAUUAUGUUUUUAAAAAAAACAUGUAUUUGUAUUUUCUUUUUAAUUAAAUUUUCCUAAUGAUUUGUAAUAAUUAUUAUUUUAUUCAACAAUUUUUACGGGGAACAACAUUUAAAUAUCGUAUAAUACAUUUUUGUAAAAUAGAACAAAAAAAAAUAAAGGUUUUUUUUUCUGUAA